AUGAAAGGCAUCUCCGACUCCUGCUUCAAAUCACCCCCUUCAUCGAUCCAUGAUUUACUUUUUUUAUUAAUUUCAUCAAUGCCUCAUCGGGUGGAAUUUACCAACUACUCGACAUAUUGCUCCAAAGACAGGCACAAAGAGAUCCAGAGAGUGAUCUUACUCACGAGAAUUAUGAAUUUGGUUAUGAUACAUCGAGCCCAAGGGCUUGAAAGUAAUGGACAUGGGUUAUUUUCGAAUUAUUCACUCGAUGAAUGUUCAAUUCCUGAUGUGAAAUUACAACCUAUCAACAAUCUUAUAAAAGGAAGUGGUGAAGUGAGUAGGAAUUGGAAGAAUACAGAGGAAGAGGAGUAUUUGUGGGAUGAUGCGAGCUCAAGAAGAGUAAAUCUCAUUCUUACCUUGUCUAAUAGUUCAAAGAGAGAUCCUAGAUUGUAUUUCGACUCUGAAAGACUGGGUUUUGAAAAUCGUCAACCUGAUCUACCAUCUACAGAAUAA